AUGGAGCAUGAACUGCCCUUCUCUCAGCGACCGGUGAUUAUCCUCGGUGCUGGAAUCAUUGGUUGUGCAACUGCCCGACAACUGUUACAGAAUGGCUUCCCAGUAGUGCUGGUGGCUGAAUAUCUCCCCGGAGAUCGCAAUAUGUACUAUGCAUCGGCUUGGGCUGGUGCUGCGUGGCAUGCCGCUGGCGGCAUCACUCCAGAUCAACGAUAUCUGCAAGCUGUCACCCAUCGUAUACUCUUGAAGAUGGCAGAGGACCCCGAGUCUGGCGUGAGCAUUGUCGAUGCCCGCGAGUAUCUUGAACAGCAACCGUCCUCUGACUCGGCGAUAUGGGGCAAGACGGUGGUCGCCAAAUUCCGUGAGAUGACUCCUGGAGAGUAUCCAUCCAACUUCAAUUGUGCAUGGUCCUAUGAAACCCUGGUUACCGAUCCCACCCGACAUAUGCCCUACCUGGGAAAACAAGUUACAUCGCUAGGGGGUCAAUUUAUUCGCAAACGAGUCGAGUCUCUCCAAGAAUUAUAUGAGAUGUUCCCCGACUCUCGAGUCUUUAUCAAUGCCAGUGGCCUGGGAAGCAAAACCCUGACAGAUGUACAAGACGACCAGUGUUUCCCAGAACGAGGACAGAACGUGUUUUUGGCCACGGAUCAGUGCACAACGCUCUACUUUCGGAAUGGCAAAGAAUAUACCUACGUGAUCCCUCGACCACAGUCCAGGGGGGUGGUUUUAGGUGGUGUAAAACAGCAAGAUGACCUUUCUCCCGAAGUUGAUAUGGACAUUGCGCGAGAUGAAAUAGCCCGCGCACAUAUCUUAGCGCCAGAGAUUGUCCCCAAACACCCAGCUCCAGAGACCGUGAGCCAUAUCAUCGGCAUUCGCCCGUCGCGAAAAACAGGAUUUCGGCUGGACUCGGAGCAAAAAGACCAACGAGUAUUGCUUUCAGCGUACGGAUUUGGCGGAGGCGGAUAUGCGUUCUCCUAUGGGAUUGCAGAUGCAGUGGUGAAAAUGGUGGAAACGGCCGAGCGCGAGAACGUGAUAUAA